AGGAGGAGUUUCCGUCCGAUUGCUUAGGAAAACUGGUGCUUGAAAACAAUCCAUUUUUCAUUAGCCCCACAAUGUAAUAUAAUCGACUGAAAGGUGGCGGAAAUUUUUGGACACGCCAAGAAUCCGUUCAAUCUCGCUUCUGCUUCGAAUCGUUUGGCUGCACGUUGAAACUUCGAGGCCUGCUUAGGUUAGCCUAGCGUAGCUUAGCCGCUAACAAAGCGAACAAACAACGCGCCUGGGUUCGACAUGUCGCCGAGCAAGCAAACAUCACGUCCCAAAAUGUCAGAUGUCAGUCUAGCGCAUCGUUCUGAAUGCCAGGAGUCUGCUCACAUGGAAGAAAAGGAGGAAGGGUCUCUAUACGUCAAGAAGGUGGAGGAAGAAUUCGUCCUCAUUAAAGAGGAGCAGGAGGAUUAUCAGAUUAGAGUGGAGAACCCCCACAUUGAGGUGCGGCAGCACCCUCAUCCCGUCAAAAAGGAGGAGGAGGAGGACCCUCCAUAUGUUAAAGUGGAAGUGGUAGACAUCCCCAAGUGGACUGGUAAGCCUUUGAAGGGGGAAGAUGGCAGUCCGAGUGAGGCUAGCAGAGGGGCGGAGCCUCCAAGUGGCAGCAGCAGUUCAAAAGAAGGAUUCCAAGCAGACAACCUCAUCGCUCGACCAUCAGAGAGUGAUGACUUCACUUCACACUCGCUGUUCUGUUUCAGAAAAUAUUUUGGUCCUGAGCAGCAGGAGUCAGGGUCUAGUGGCGUGAAAGAGGAAGUAGAGCACCCGCAAAUAAAAAAAGAAGAGCCAGAUGACCCUCGACAGCAAAACAGAGAAGAGCUACUUUCAAUCAAAAAGGAGGAGGUAGAGUUUAUGUUAAAGGUAGAGCCAUAUGUUAAAGAGGAGGACGAUAUCAACAGGCCAACUUGUGAGCCUUUGAAGAGUGAAGAGGGCCUGAGUGAGACCAGCAGAGGAGCCGAGCCUCCAAGCGGUAGCAGCAGGUCAACAGAAGGAUUGCAAGCGGACAAUUUCACCGCUCCGCUAUCAGAUAGCGAAGACGCCAUGUCACACUCGCCUGACAGUGAUAAUGAAGUUCAUAUGAAAGCUGACAGUGACAACAAAUGCAAAUGCUCUCAUUGUGGGAAAACCUUCAUUAAUGAGUAUAAUUGUCGUAGGCAUAUGAGGAGCCACGAUGAAAAACCUCAUUCCUGCUCAGUUUGUGGCCAAAGAUUCAGUCACAAGAGCGCCUUAAAAAUACACACAAGAAUCCACACUGGAGAAAAACCUUAUUCCUGCUCAGUUUGUGACCAAAGAUUCUCUAUACAGGGAAACCUAAAGCAACACAUAAGAAACCACACUGGAGAAAAACCUUUUUCCUGCUCAGUUUGUGACCAACGAUUCAUUUGGAAGAGCGCCCUAAAAAUACACUCUAGAACUCAUACCGGAGAAAAUCCUUUUACCUGCCCAGUUUGUGGUCAAAGAUUUGCUCAGAAGCAGGACUUAAAAGAACACAGAAGAACUCACGGUGGUGACAAACCUUUUUCCUGCUCAGUUUGUGACCAAAGAUUCAGGUGCAAGAGCGCCCUAAAAGUGCAUACAAGAACCCAUACUGGAGAAAAACCUUAUGCCUGCUUAGUUUGUGGCCUAGGAUUCGCUCAAAAGGGAAACCUAAAGCAACACAUAAGAAAUCACACUGGAGAAAAACCUUUUUCCUGCUCAGUUUGUGAUCAAAGAUUCAUUUGGAAGAGCGCCCUAAAAAUCCACUCUAGAACUCACACUGGAGAAAAACCGUUUACCUGCCCAGUUUGUGGUCUAAGAUUUGCUCAGCAGCAAGAUUUAAAAGAACACAGAAGAACCCAUGGUGGAGACAAACCUUUUUCCUGCUCAUUUUGUGACCAAAGAUUCAGUCGCAAAAGCGCCCUAGAAAUACACACAAGAACCCACACUGGAGAAAAACCUUAUCACUGCUCAGUUUGUGGCCAAGGAUUCUCUCAGAAGAAACACUUAAAACAACACACAAGAAUCCACACUGGAGAAAAACCUUUUUCCUGCUCAGUUUGUGGCCAACAAUUCUCUCAAAAGGGAAACUUAAAAACGCACACAAGAAACCACACUGGAGAAAAACCUUUUUCCUGCUCAGUAUGUGGCCAACAAUUCUCUCAAAAGGGAAACUUAAAACUGCACACAAGAAACCACACUGGAGAAAAACCUCUUACCUGAUCAAUUUGCAGCCAAGGAUUCAGUCACAGUAGCUACUUAAAAAUACACAUAAGAACACACACUGGAGAAAAACCCUUUUCCUGCUCAGUUUGUGACAAAAGAUGCAGUUGCAAGAACUACUUAACAACACACGCAAGAGCCCACACCGGAGAAGAGACUUUUUCCUGCUCAGUUUGUGGCCAAAUAUUCUCUGCAAAGAAAUACCUAACAAAACACAUAAGAAUCCACACUGGAGAAAAACCUUUUUCCUGCUCAGUUUGUGGUCGAUUAUUCUCUACAAAGAGAUACCCAACUAAACACACAAGAACCAACACUGGAGGAAAAUCUAAAACCCACGCUGGAGAAUAACCUUUUCCUGCUCAAUUUGUGGUUAUAUUCUCUCUAAGGCAAGCUAAUACAACACAUAAUAACCCACAUUGGUAAAAAAAUGUUUUUGCUCAGUUUGUGGUCAACGACUCGGGUUGGGCAUCGUUUGAAAUUUAACAAUUCCGGUUCCAAUUCCGACUCCACGUUUGGAUUCCGGUUCCAAACGAUUCUCGAUUCCGAUUCUUUCAACAGGCAGGGUAAAAAAAAUUGCACAGUUUUUAUUAAAUUCUUCUCGACGAUUUUUUAAAUUAAAUGAACUUCUUACAUGGCUAAUCUUAACUUGUGUAUAAAUAUCAGUCUUUGAACUUGAGCACUUUUUUUCCCGCUCGGCAGUCAGGGCAUUGAAACAAGGAAUCAAAAUUUUAAAAUUCGAACGAUUCCGGGAGCAUCGGAGUGUUAGAACCAGUUCCCAUCGAUGCUCGAUUCUCGAUGCCCAACCCUAUCAACGACACAAUCAGAAGGAUCAGGUUAAGACACGCGUGUGUGUUGGUGUGAGAAGCGGUGGCCAAGGACUGUUUUGCCUGUCAUCCAUGCUGGCUUCAUCAGUUUGUGGAUGCAAGACGUUUGUAUUUUGUGGACCUUCCUCAAAUCCUAUUGAGGAUUUGCAGUUUUGGUGCUAUAUGUGUGCUUUGUCGGUUCCUAGUGUAAAUUGUAUUCACACUUUUAAAAGAAAUUGGCUCACCCGAUUUACAAUGAAUAUGAAUUUAGAUGAAGUUAAGUCACGUGAUCGUUGACCAGGAUGAUCUGGCAAAAAAAUAAAUAAAAAUCCCUCAAAUUGUUCGUUCCUGAUUCUUUUCACGAUUUUGUUUACUUGGUUUUUCAGUUUUUUUGUGGCUGGUUACUGCUAAUUUUGAAGAAUCUGCAGGGGUGCACAUAAGUGGUCCGCAUGCGCGCAUGCGUACUGGACGUAGACAAACGCGCUGGCCCUCAACAGCUUCCAUACGCUUUUGCAUACCGAUGGCUGACCACUGUAUUUGCGGCGGACACGAGAGAAUAACUUCUCAAAAUGUCGAAGAGGCAGGCCACACUGAGUAAUUACUUCCGUGUUCCCCCACCCCCGUCAAAAGACAGACAGACGACAGAGACGUCACCGGAGCUACCAAAAAAAAGGACUUUUGCUGAAAAGUGGCGACAGGAGGUACCAUGGCUAGAAGCAAAUGAUGCUCGCACGGAAAUGCGGUACAAAGUGUGCCGUGAGAAUCCCAAUGUCGCCGAUAAGAGCAGCGCAUUUUAUGUAGGGUCCAAGAAUUUCAGCCAUCCAAACUUUGAAAAGCACGAAAAAAAAACAGAGGAUGUAGCAUUUAAGCAAACUAUCGAUGUCAGACUGGACCCCACUCGCCCUAUGGACAAGUGGCGGAAUAGGGCGGAAUAAAGGUAAUGAACAGCGACAUGCACUGACAAACGUGUUUUUGUUUGCAUUUUAUAAAGCUAAACAUGCACGUUCAAUGAGGUCUUAUGAGGAGGACAUCCUACUUUUAAAAAGGCUUGGAGUUAAUGUGGGAGCAGCAUAAUGCCCUUUAUUUUGAAUUGGUGCUUUUAUGUUUAUUUCUUUACAUUUCACUUCAAAGUAAUGGCAAUUUUGUUGUGCCAGUUGAUGUUAAUCAAGCAUUAAUUGUUAAUAUAAUUAAUUAAAGUUAAUUGGCUCUAAGUAAAGCUUGUCAUAAAUUUAUUGCAUCAGGCGGGUCGGCUCUCAAGCUCA